GGAUAAUUUAUUUGCAUUCCAGCAAUCAAAUGUGAAAACCUUUAGCGCAUUAGGCGAAUUGCUGGUUCACAACGUUGUGAUCAACUUAAAAUGGCUGCAAGUUUAGGGAGCAGAGCACCGUCAAAGCGGCAUAAAUGGUCCUUUGCUUCUUCUCAGAGGCGAACUGAAAGAGUGACGGAGCUGGCAUCACCUCCGGGCUUUAGUUCAUCCCUUGGACAAGGGCACAGUGAAGCUAGUCGCGAGACAGAAGCAAACCUUAUUGUGAAGAAAUCCUGGGAUGUAGCUUUGGCUCCAUGGAAGCAGGUGCCUAUGAACCUUUUCAUUAUGUACAUGGCUGGAAAUUCUAUCUCAAUCUUCCCAAUCAUGAUGGUGGGAAUGUUGUUCUUGAGGCCUGUCAAAGCGCUCUUAACAAUUCAGUCAACAUUCAAGAUGAUUGAAGGAGGCCAAGCUAUUCUUCAGAAAAUAGUUUAUCUUUUUGGCAACCUGGCAUGUUUGGCCUUAGCUCUUUAUAAAUGUUCAUCGAUGGGCCUACUGCCAACGCACGCAUCUGAUUGGUUGGAUUUUGUAGAGCCUCUCCAAAGGAUUGAACAUUCAGGAGGGGGUAUCAUAUUAUCAUGAACCAACGAACCUGGCCAUGAAGCUGAUCGAAGUUGUAAACAAAGUGCACAUGCCGGGACUGAAUGUCUGUUUUGUACUGUUCACUUAUCCUGUGUGCAUGUGCUUCAACAGUAUGCAUCCCACAUCUUAUGCACAUACAUCAGCACUUUUGCAGCACUUUUUGCAGCUUAUGUAAAGCUUGAUAUACACACAAGUGGCUCUUUCACCAUUAGAAUGCUGCAUGGGUCUGGCCUUUUAAAACCUGAAGGAUAGCAAGUUUUCUGUAUUGAUGAUGACGUGCUCGUUUUUUUCCAUGCACAUUCUACCAAUGAAGAUGCAGAGGAAAUAGCUCUGCACAGCUUUUGCUGUUGUAAUUUUAGCUGAAGCUAUAGUAUAUGGAGCCUUCUUUUCUCAUUUGUAGACCUGAGGCUUUGUACAUAUUAUAGAACACUACCAGUAAUGGCAUCGUAAUAAUGAGCUUGCCAUUUAAUGUGCAGCUCUGUUUUAGUGCAAUUUGCUUAACAUUGAAUUUAUUGUGCAUAGAUAGAGUAAAAAUUAUUGAUGCAUGUUAUUAUUGACUUGAUUUACUUUUUUGCUUUGUAUUGCCAAUUAUGUUGGGCAUGUGAUUUUUUAGCAAAAUGCUUGUUGUUGAAAAAGACUGUAGGACACUAGCAAUGUGUGUAUCUAUGUUGAUUAAGAUGUACAAAUUGUUGUGCCAGUUUUCCAAGGACUUGAAAGAACUUGUACACAGUUUGUCAUGCAGGUGCAAAAGGCUUGACACUCGCACACCUGCUGCUUGUGAAGUAAAUAAAUGAAAACAUUUGAAAAUG